UGCAUGCUUGAUGUUGAAGAAUUGGAGCCAUUGUCUUUGCUUGAAAUGAUUAAUGACAUCGAUCAACUUGGCCUCUCCUACCGGUUCAGCCAGACCAUUAAACACGCCCUUGAUAAGCUUCGACUUUUGGAGGAAUCAAGUCAGAGCCUUCAUGUUUCAGCUCUCUAUUUCACGUUGCUUAGGCAACAUGGUUGUGAAAUUUCCCCAGAUAUCUUUGAGGGAUUUAAGGACCAAAAUGGCAACUUCAAUGAAAACCUUGCCGGGGAAAUUCGAGGAAUGUUGAGCUUGUUCGAAGCUUCACAUCUUGCAUAUGAAGGAGAGAGUAUACUAAACGAGGCCAAAUCAUUCGCAAGUCUACGUCUCAAAGAUUCGAAAGAGUUCGUUGGUUCAAACAUGUCAGAACCAAUAACUCAUGCUGUGGAGCUUCCAUAUCACUAUAGAAUGCAGAGGCUGGAGGCUAGGUGGCAUAUUGAAGCGUAUGCUAAAAGAAGUGACAAAAAUCAAGUGCUGCUAGAGUUAGCCCGGCUAGACUUCAACAUAGUUCAGGCUAAGCUUCAAAGUGAAGUUCAAGAAGUAUCGAGGUAAGAUCAAGCAGGAAACACAUGCAUUUCAUUGUAUGGAUUUUUCUUUUAAAAUAAGUGAUAGGAGCUUUCACG